AUGGUGCAACUUCCGAAGUCUGCCGUGCUCAAAUCAAAGUACAACCACAACUAUUUGCGCUUCGUGAAUGAAGCGUGUUCACCGGUGCGUACAUUCAUGCAGUACUCGGGGAAGGAGAUUCUUAGUCCAUUUACUCAGUUUGAGUUCGAGCAAGCUAAAUGUGACCCAUCUUUAUACCAUAUAAAAUGUUGUUACAACAACAAGUAUUGGGUUAGUUUGGCUCGUGACCAUCAUUUUAUUGUAGCGGGGGCUGACCAGAAAGAUGAAGACAAAUCCAAAUGGACAUGCACUCUAUUUCGUCCGGUUUAUGACAGUUGUCAUCAAUCGUUUCGGUUUUGUCAUGUCCAUCUUGGUUUAAAUGUAGUCUUGUGGAGGGUUGGUCCCCCUUAUGGAGAAUGCUUACGUGCACAGUGGUCGGUUCCUGAUAAAGAUCUCUGCGAUCUCAGUGUAGUUAUUGACUCGGAAUCACUGUGGUCAUUACCUAAAUUUAUUGCCUUUAGAGGUGAUAAUGGUUCUUAUCUCAGUGCUCGGUCAAUUGACAAUCAUUCAUAUCUACAAUUUUCAUCCAACAAUAUUGACGAUCCUACCGUUCAGAUGGAGACCUUCAUCACAAAUGAUGGAAAAAUUCGUGUGAAGUCAGCUCACUUCCAAAAAUUUUGGAGACGUGACACUUCUAAUUGGAUUUUCGCUGACUCUUGUGAGACCACUGCUCAAAAUCUCGAUACUUUGUUUUCGCCAACUAAACUUGCGUCCCACAUUGUUGCUCUACGUAACUUGGGUAAUAACAACUUUGUUAAAAGGUACACUUCAGCGAGCAAAGUAAGUUGUCUCAUGGCAGCCGUGAAAAAUAUCGAUGAAUUUUCACACUUACAAAUGGUUGAGCUUGUUCUUUCACGACAAAUCAACAAUGUCGUGUUUUAUCUUUCUGAUGCUAGAAUCCGUGAUCAAGUUGCUAUCGUAUUAGCAACUGCAGAAGCUGCAAAUAGUUCGAACGUACCCAACACUGUCUGCUUGAUUUUCUCGCAUACAAACACCAGAUCUAGCACAUGGGAUUCUUCUGUUUCUACGAAAUUGGACGUCAAGACAAUAAUCGAAACAGGAGUUCCCCUCAUUGUCGAUGGAAAGACAAUCGAAACAUCGUCGACUAAGUUCGUUGGAGAAUACAAAUGGGGAGAAACUAUAACAACAUCCAAGAUACAAGAGAUCAAAUAUGAGGUAACUAUACCACCGAUGAGCAGUAUUGUCGUUACCUUAAAUGCAACUAAGGGCUCAUGUGACGUUCCAUUCUCAUACAAACAAGUCGACAUCCUCAAAGGUGGUAAAAAAGUUGAAUAUUGUUUGGACGAUGGCGUUUACCAUGGCACCAACUACUAUAACCUUAAAUACGAAACUAAAACGAAACCAAUUUGUGGAUGCCCAAACUAA